AACGUGAGCUGCUCCACUAUUCUACAACUCUAGAGCCCCUGCGCGGCUGCGACCAAAAUAAAAGAAAAGAAAAAAAUCCUGCGACCACAUCAUCGUCUCCUGCCUCCAUUACUACUGUCAUAAAAGCAACCACCUUAGCACCGCCUAAUCGCCAUUGCUCUACUCAAUUCUGCUCUCAAAUCCAGACAGCUCAUUUUCGGUUUUUAAAGCCUUUUUUUUUCUAACGGAACAGGAAGGAGCAAGGCGCCGUUGAGAAAACACGGGGGGCCUUCCUUCCUCAGAUUUGUACCGAGAUGGAGCUUCUUCCGUAAUCCGUGCGAAUUUUCAGCGUGCUGUAAAAUAAACUCUCCAGGCAAAAGCCUUGUCUUGUCCAAAGCCAGAGGAAAAGACUCGUACUUGGAGAGCCAGUGAAAGGAAGAGGAAAGAGCGCAAGUGCGACGGAGGCGCAAAUGCGGUGGAGAUCCCCUGCCGUGCUGCACCUGCUGCGGCUGUGGCUGCUCGCCGCCUCCGCGUCGUCGGCUGCCCUUGGUGUUCUUGCGUCUGAUCUUAGCAAAGAACCUUUUACCAUCCGUAUAAGCUGUGGAAGUUUCGAUGAUAUCCGGACGGCGCCUACAAACACAUUGUGGUACAGAGACUUUGGUUAUACUGGAGGCAGGUUUGCAAAUGCCACUCGUCCAAGCUUUAUCAUUCCUCCCCUGAAAACGCUUCGAUAUUUCCCGCUAUCUGAUGGCCCUGAAAAUUGCUACAACAUCAACAAUGUUCCCAACGGCCACUAUCAAGUUAGGCUUUUCUUUGCGUUACUGGACAACCCUAAUCUUGACAGCGAGCCGAUUUUCGAUGUUUCUGUUGAGGGUACUCUGUUCAGUUCUUUGCUUUUGGGCUGGAGCAGCGACGAUGAGAAGACAUUUGCAGAAGCUUUGGUUUUUGUCCAGGACUCAAGCUUAUCAGUUUGCUUCCAUAGCACAGGUCAUGGUGAUCCGUCAAUUCUUUCUAUUGAAGUUCUACAAAUAGAUGACAAUGCCUAUAACUUUGGCCCACCAUGGGGAAAGGGGGCAGUGCUUAGAACAGCCAAAAGGUUGAAAUGUGGCUCUGGAAAGCCUGCCUUUGAUGAAGAUCUUAAUGGGAUUCGCUGGGGUGGGGACAGAUUUUGGUUAGGAUUGCAAACUUUAUCAUCCAGUUCUGAUGAUCAAUCGAUAUCAACUGAGAAUGUUAUAGCAGAGACAUUGCUCGCACCAAAUUUUUACCCUCAAAGCAUAUAUCAAUCAGCUAUCGUGGGCACUGAUAGGCAACCGAGUUUGUCUUUUGAAAUGGAUGUUACUCCGAAUAAGAACUAUUCAGUAUGGCUUCAUUUUGCAGAGAUUGAUAAUGGGGUAACUGCAGAAGAACAAAGAGUAUUUGAUGUACUCAUCAAUGGAGACACUGCUUUUAAGGAUGUAGAUAUAAUUCGCAUGACAGGAGAGCGUUUUACUGCACUUGUCCUGAAUAAAACUGUUGCUGUCAGUGGAACAACGCUAAAAGUCAUCUUGCAACCUGUGAAAGGAACCCGUGCUAUUAUUAAUGCCAUUGAGGUGUUUGAGAUAAUCCCAGCUGAAAAGAAGACUUUGCCUCAGGAAGUGAGUGCAUUGCGAACGUUGAAGGGUUCACUUGGUCUUCCUCUUCGACUUGGCUGGAAUGGUGAUCCCUGUGUUCCUCAGCAGCAUCCAUGGAGUGGAGUUGAUUGCCAGUUUGAUAACACCAAAGGGAAUUGGAUCAUUGAUGGAUUAGGUCUUGACAACCAAGGUUUAAAAGGGGUCAUACCUAGUGACAUAUCUAAGCUGCAACAUCUGCAAAACAUAAACUUGAGUGGCAAUAGCAUAAAGGGUAACAUUCCAAUCUCCCUGGGUACCAUCUCUGCACUGCAAGUACUGGAUCUGUCAUACAAUGAGCUUAAUGGAUCUAUUCCAGAGAGCCUAGGCGAGCUGGCAUUGUUACAGAUACUGAAUCUGAAUGGCAAUCGUCUUUCUGGUCGUGUUCCAGCCAGUUUGGGAGGAAGGCCUCUGCACAGAGCUAGAUUUAACUUCACGGACAAUGCUGGAUUAUGUGGAAUUCCUGGGUUACGUGAGUGUGGCCCUCAUCUAUCCGUGGCUGCGAAGAUUGGCAUGGCUUUUGGUGUGCUUUUAGCCAUUCUGUUCCUAGUUGUAUUCGCUGCGUGCUGGUGGAAGAGACGGCAAAACAUUCUCCGUGCUAAAAGAUUAGCUGCAGCAAGGGAAGCUCCUUAUGCAAAAUCAAGGACCCAGUUCACCCGGGACGUGCAAAUGACCAAGCAUCAACGCACACAUGAAAGUGUUCGGAGCAGCAACAAUGAAAGCUCACCGCAUCUGCUUUCCUAGCUCGGCAAAAGACUGCAACGGUGACUUGGCUUCCAUCCAUAAUUCAGUUCUUUGUAUGCUCCUCCGUAGGCUUGAAACACGAAGCUGUACAUACUAGCUAGGUCAUUAAUGUUGUAUAUACUUGUAUUUUUGGUGACCUAGAACUCAGGAGAGGCAUCAGUCUAUCAGAUAGGAGAAAUUACCCAUUCCAUCCUACUUACUGUUCUGACUACUGCUGUUGAAUUCUCCUUCACUGUUCAAGUAUGCUUAUUGUCAGUUUUGUACUCGGUGGUCUGAAGUUCUGCAAAACUGCUUUUUACCAGAAGGUGGAGCCCCUUUUCCUAAUAGAUUAAGUUUUUGGAUUAAACUAAUUGGUGCAUGCAACUCAAUAUUGUUCAGAGAUCUUGAGGUUUGAAUCCUGACUCUUAUCAGGAGUGUUGAAAUAUAAAGUGAAUUGUCCACCUUUUUCUA